AUGACCGUGAGACAGCACCAAUAUUUUACCGGAAGCGCACGCUGGGCGUUCAUUCUCGCACCGGCCCGAUACGCGCAGAAUCCGAGCAACUCGACAGGCAGCCUUGGACGAGGCAAGGCUGGGCUUAGCCUCCUUCUCGACGUCUGCUGGCUGCACAGUCUCUCCCCAACCAUCACUUGCAUCACUUGCAUCGCUGCCGAUCCUAGCCUCUUUGCCUGCAACCUCGUCGUGCGCACGCAGCGCUGCCCCACAAUCUACCCCACCACCACCACCCCUCAUACCCACGCCGGUAGCAAGCAAGCCGACACAAUGCCGGAGCUCGUAGGAUCCGUCGACGCGGGCACCACCAGCGUGCGCUUCAUGGUGUUCGACGAGUUCGCCAAGGUGAUCGCCUCGCAUCAGAUGGAGUUCAACCAGUACUACCCGCACCCGGGCUGGCACGAGCAGGAUGCGCACGAGAUCAUCGACUGCGUGCACGAGUGCAUCGACAAGACCAUCGCCAAGCUCGAAAAGGAGGGCAAGUACUCGGCCUCGGAUGUCAAGGUCAUCGGCGUCACCAACCAGCGCGAGACGACGGUGGUGUGGGACAAGGACUCGGGCAAGGCGCUCACGCGCGCCAUCGCCUGGCCCGACGCGCGCACCACGCACACCAUCCGCGAGCUCUCGGCCAAGAGCGACAAGGGCGUCGACGCGCUCAAGGAGGAGACCGGCCUGCCGCUCUCGACGUACUUUGCGUCGGUCAAGCUGCGCUGGAUGCUCGACAACCUGCCCGAGGUGCGCAAGGCGCACGACGACAAGCAGAUGCUCUUUGGCACCAUCGACUCGUGGAUCGUCUACAACCUCACCGACCGCAAGGUGCACAUCACCGACGCCUCGAAUGCAUCGCGCACCAUGUUUAUGGACCUGCGCGCCCAAAAGUGGGACAAGAAGCUGUGCGACUUUUUCGGCAUCGACAUGGACAUCCUCCCGGACAUCAAGAGCUCGUCCGAGGUGUACGGCACCAUAUCCAAAGGUGCGCUCGAGGGCGUCCAGAUCGCCGGCAUCGUGGGCGACCAGAUGGCGGCGCUCGUAGGCAACAAGUGCUUCCAGCCGGGCGAGGCCAAGAACACGUACGGCACUGGCGCCUUCCUGCUCUACAACACGGGCGACAAGGUGGUCUCGUCCAAGAAUGGCCUGCUCUCCACCAUCGCGUACAAGGCCGGGCCCGAUGCGCCCGUGUACUACGCGCUCGAGGGCUCGAUCGCCGUGGCGGGCUCGGCGGUCAAGUGGGUGCGCGACAGCCUGGGACUCAUCAAGGAGGCGCACGAGAUCGGCGAGCUCGCCGGCCAGGUCGACACCACGGGCGGCGUGUACUUUGUCACGGCGUUCAACGGCCUCUUCUGCCCGUACUGGGACGACACGGCGGCGGGCACCGUGGUGGGCAUCACGGCGUACACGGACAAGCGCCACUUCUGCCGCGCCACGCUCGAGUCGACGUGCUAUCAGACCAAGGCGAUCCUCGACGCUAUGGCCAAGGAUUCGGGUGUGGCGCUCAAGGCGCUCCAGGUGGACGGCGGCCUGACCAACUCGGACGUGGCCAUGCAGAUCCAGGCCGACAUCCUGGGCAUCAACGUGGAGCGACCCGAGAUGCGCGAGAGCACGGCGCUCGGCUCGGCGCUACUGGCCGGCUCGGCGAUCGGACUGUUUGGAUGGGACAUCAACAAGCCCGAGACGCUCAGCAAGGUCAACACGGCGGGCAAGCAGGUGUUUGAGCCCAAGAUCGACGAUCAGAAGCGCAACGAGCUGCUGCACGGCUGGGAGCGUGCCGUGGAGCGCGCCAAGGGCUGGAACGAGAACCCCUAA